AUGUCGGGACUGGAGGCAAUGAUUCAUUACGUGCGUGAAGGCGUGUUGAACACUUACGCGUCCAGUUUCGUGGUCACGGUCCCGGGCAAUGUCUCCAAAUUGGUCUUCUCCUGGGAAAACACCUCACAGAAACCUGUACGUCUCAUCAUCGUCAAUACGCCGAGACUGGAAAUCAUGGUGGUUCAUGGGAUGAGAUUCCAUUGUAAGGGCCUGGAGACUGUGGAGGUGGACGGGACCUUGAAGGUAAAUUUCACGACGACCGUAGACACUAUUUCUCUUCAGCUUCGACGCAAGAAGAUCUGCUUCAAAGGCGAGCAACAUAUGGCAGGACAGGCAGAAACCAAUUCCAGCCUUGGAGUUUACAUUGCAUCUGGUUGCAUUUGCGGCCUCAUCGUCACCUCUACCCUCAUAUUCAUCAUUUUCUACUGGAGACACAAACCAUCCCACGGGCAAGGGUGUAAGGAGCUGAAAUACGAGGCGGUGGGAGGGAAGUACGUACAGGCAUCCUCGGGUGAGAGCAUGAGGAGCGGGAGUUAUGCCACCAUUUCCUCGUUCCAGAAGGUGCCCUUGCACCAAAGCAAGGGUACCUUACCCGAUCGGGUACCGUGGCGUUCCGGGAGCAACCAGCGCGUCUCUUCUACCUCAUUUUCCCCGUCUUUCACUAGGAAAACUUCCCCCGUCUACUACUCGACUCCUCAAAGGAUCGCUCCAAAGAUGCAAGAAUCGGAGUACGUGGUGAAGCCUCCGACAGGAUCCGGGGCAAGCCUGGCGGAGAUGAUGAAAGACUUGGCCAUGGACCACAGUCGAUUGACCUUCAAGACUCUCUUGCAGGAAGGCACCUUCGGCCGGGUCUAUCUCGGCAUUUACAAGCCCCCUUCUGUCGACAAGGGCCAGGACGUCCUCAUCAAGACCGUGGCUGAGCACUCGUCUUCGGUGCAGAGAACCUUACUCCUUGGCGAAGGACUGCUGUUGUUCGGGUGUUCCCAUGCAAACCUUCUGUCUGUGAUCGGGGUGUCCGUCCAGGAUACACCCUGCCUCGUCUACCCCUUCUCCUCUGGAGGCAACCUCAAACUGUUCCUUCGUUCGUGUGUCGUGGGUCCGGAGGGAGCUAUGCAUCCGCUGAAGACCCAGCAGGUCGUGGAAAUGGCCAUCCACAUCUGCGCUGCUGGGGUUCAUCUACAGCAAAAGGGUAUCACGCAUAAGGACAUCGCCACCCGAAACUGCGUGUUGGACGAGAGGCUUCGAGUAAAGGUGACGGACAAUGCUCUGUCCCGGGAUCUUUUCCCCGAGGAUUAUCAUUGCCUCGGGGAUGGAGAUAACAGACCCAUCAAAUGGAUGGCCCCCGAGGCCCUCGAUCACAAGAUCUUCUCUCACUCUUCCGACAUGUGGUCGUAUGGGGUGUUGCUAUGGGAAUUGACGACUCUGGCCCAGGAGCCGUAUGCAGAAGUUGAUCCAUUCGAAAUGAGUGUCUGUCUUCGGCACGGAGUCCGACUCGCACAACCUCACAAUUGCCCAGACCAACUGUAAGUGGAUCCAUUCGAAACGAGUGUUUUUCUUCCACUCGUGGUCCUCUUGCCCGACCCCACGAUCGCCCAGACUAACCGUAAGACUCCGCAACCAUCGUCCUUGGAGGAAAUGGAAAGCUGUCUCAAAUGGGGAUUCUCAGCAUGAGAGACGGUCGAUGGAUGUUUUUAUGAACUUUCUCCCCUUUCCCCAAAGGCUUUCAGAGUUUUCUUUUCACAACGGGAGUUCCGGACGGGGGACGGGGGUAGAUAAACUUUUCAUAGACGAGAAAUGGAUGGGGAAGCCUUUUACCCUUAGUCCUUGCCUUAUCUGUUCUGCCUUGUCUUUUGAUCUGAGCAAAUGGGACGAAAACAGAGGAAGAGAGUGUCUCCUGGGGAUACUCCAUUAUCCGUCUAUAGAUGAGACUCCCUAGACCCCCCUCAUACCAAAACUAUGUGUCUGUCUGCCAAACCUCUUUUGUCGUUAGCGAGCCUUUAUCCUUCCUAAAAUAGGUCCCCAGAGGAUCAGAGGGGGUCCGAAUUCGAUUUUCCCUACAUUCUGUUGAUUUGCUUAUUUUCACUUCUUCCCAGAUUUGGCGUGAUGGCGGUUUGCUGGGAAACUCUGCCAGAAGAUAGACCCUCUUUUCCUCAACUUUUGGUCUUCCUCGAGGAAUUCCAAUCUUCUCUAGGGAAUUACAUCUGAUCUGCGAUUAGAGAUAUCUUGGGGAUGAAUGUGGCGGUGCGCACUCCCCGAGUUUCAAGACGAAGGC